GUUCUUUCCUCCACCCCUACAGUGUCUCUGCUCCCUCCCCCCUUGCAGGCUGCUGCUGCUACCGGAGGAAGCGAGCAGAGGGGAGAGAGUGAAGGGGAGGGGGAGAGGCCGCUGUAACGCAUCAUCUGCUGCUGCCGCCGCCUCACGCCUGCUAGUAACCCAGACCACAGCUUGCUCCGACACACUGACCCGGCCGCUCCUCCCGGUCCCUAUCCUCCGUAUCCUGCUUUCCUGGCAGCUUGAGGUCCCCGGGGACCAGCCGAUCCAACCCCCCGCCUUCCCCGCUGCAUCAUCCGCGGCUCUCGCUUUGUGCAACAUCUCCGUUGUUGUUUCCUGAUCUCAUUCUCCUAAUCGCUGCUAAGCAGCCGCCGCCUGCCCCCCUCCUCCCGCAUCUCAUCAUCCCACAGCCCGGAUUACUGCUGGUUGCAUCCCCCUGCGCAGGAGGAACAGGAAGGGGGACAUCUCGGCAUUUCCCUCCAGAAGCGCCUCUGGCAUCUCCUAGCCUUAUAGCCUCGGCAGCGACACCCCCCUCCUGCCUCGCAUCACGCUGCCCCCGGCCUGACUGGCAGCGACACCCCCUCCUGCCAUCUGGGGAACCUCUGGCUGCUCGUAGCAGUCGCAGGAAAAUUGGGAUCUACUCAGAUUUGCAAUUUGCUUUUUCUAAUUCGAAUCCCCCCCCUUCCCCCCCAUAUCCCCUACACCCCAGCAGCUCGCUGUUCUCCCCGCCGCCCCCACACACUGAGCACCAUGAGGCUAAUGAGGAACAGGCGCUGUCCCUCCUCGGAGCUAGGAACUGGCCGGGAACAGGAGCUGACCAGGCCAGUCAGGAACCCAUUUGUGCAUGACCUGCGCUUCACCCCACUGCAGAAAGCCAAAAUUGCCUUCAUGACGCUGACUCUCUUCCCUAUCCGUCUGUUUUUUGCUGCAUUUAUGAUGCUCCUGGCCUGGCCUUUUGCCUUUGUUGCUGUUAUGGGCCGUACAGGGAAAGAGCUUGAAAUGCCCAUGUCCUGGUGGAACAAGUUUUUUGACAUUGCUUUAAAAGCAAUAAUGCGGACAAUGUGGUUUGCUGGUGGCUUCCACUGGGUGACGGUGAAGGGAAGACAGGCUUUACCCGCAGAAGCUCCCAUUCUCACCCUUGCUCCACACUCUUCCUAUUUUGAUGCCAUCCCCGUAACUAUGACGAUGGCAUCUAUUGUGAUGAAGGCGGAAAGCAAAGACAUUCCUGUUUGGGGAACAUUAAUCAACUUUAUUCGUCCAGUGUUCGUUUCUCGCUCUGAUCAGGAUUCUCGGAAGAAAACCGUGGAAGAAAUUCGGAGACGAGCCCUCUCUAAUGGUAUAUGGCCACAGGUAAUGAUCUUCCCAGAAGGAACCUGCACCAACAGAUCCUGCCUCAUUACUUUCAAACCUGGUGCAUUUAUUCCUGGUGUUCCAGUGCAGCCUGUGGUUUUGAGAUACCCUAAUAAAAUGGACACAAUAACCUGGACAUGGCAAGGUCCUGGAGCGAUGGAAAUACUCUGGCUUUCUUUAUGUCAAUUUCACAAUUACAUAGAAAUUGAGUUUCUUCCAAUAUAUACUCCUUCUGAAGAAGAGAAGAAGAACCCUGCUCUGUAUGCAAACAACGUAAGACGUGUAAUGGCCAAAGCCUUGGACGUGUCUGUCACAGAUUACACAUUUGAAGACUGCCAGUUGGCAUUGGCUGAGGGACAGCUCCGCCUCCCCUCAGAUACAUCCCUCUUGGAGUUUGCAAGACUUGUCAGAAGUUUGGGAUUAAAACCGGAAAAACUGGAAAAAGAAUUAAGUCAGUUCUCUGAAAGUGCUAGAAAAAGGAAAGGAGAAAAGAUAAACUUGAAAGAGUUUGCAGAGUACUUGUCUGUUCCAGUAACAGAGAAAUUAGAGGACCUGUUUGCCUUAUUUGAUGAGAAUGAAACGGGUGCCAUUGACUUACGGGAAUAUGUCAUUGCUUUGUCUGUUGUGUGUAGGCCUUCCAAGACUUUGGAAACCAUUCAGCUGGCUUUUAAGAUGUAUCAGUCAGAAAAUGAUAAAACGAUAGUAGAAGAGGACUUGACAGUGAUUUUGAAGACUGCACUGGGAGUACCAGAACUGAAUGUAACAGACCUUUUUAGAGCGAUAAAUGAGGACGAGAAGGGGAAAAUCACAUAUGUGGACUUUGACAGGUUUGCUGAAGCUAACCCUAAUUUUGCUGAAGACUAUCUUUAUCCAAGUAUGGUAGACUCUGAAAUAUGUCUGAACAGCCCUUCCACUCCUACACCUAAUGGAUUCUGUACGGAUUUCACACCUGAAGACAUGGAAGAACCACAGUACCACAAUGAGCAUAAGAAACUGAACUAAAGCGGGAAACUACAUUGCCCUCUCCUGGUGAGGGGCGUAUGUGUAUUGUACCUCUGAACAUACUUAUAGCCACCAAUACGUUUUUGACCAUUUAUAUUUUUUUCCAGCUUUCAUUUACCAUGUUUUCUUUAGUACAGUCAUACGGUGUUUGCAAAGAAACUUUUGUGAGUGAUCUGCGCUCACUGCGGUUUGCUGUCAAGAAUCCACUGAUACUGACAUUGGAAAAAACCUUACAAACAGUGCCAUUUCCUUGAGCUUACUGGCUGCUUUAGAGUUGAUGUAUUUAUAAUCAAUUUUAUGGUCACUCCAUAGAUAAAAUGAAAGUGGAGUAUUGAAUGGUGGCUGGGUGACCUCAUCCAAACGUUAUCUUUUUAUAGAUACUAUAUUGUCUUCUUUUUCUUUUAUGUAGCUGUUAUGUUGGCAGAUCCAUUACUUAUUUGUUUUGCAGUAUAUUCAGUUAGCACCACUCUAUGGCACCCAGUAACUUCUCUGUACUUCAGUGUUGUACAGAAAUCUGAAAAAAAUAAAUAAUCUUCAAAUAUCCAGCACACACCUAAACUGUGUUCUCCUUGUGCUGUACAAAGUGUGCAUGUACAACAGAUACUGUACCUAAUGUGGCGUUUAGUGCAAUUUGGUGACUUGUUCUUUUCUAGGUUGCUGUUAUUUUUGUGUUCACUGCAUUGAUUAUUAUACAUGUUUAGUUCACUUUUUCCUGCUAUACACAUUUAUGUAGUAUUAGAAGCAGAGCAUCUCCGUUUUCAUUGACAGGUCAUUUUCUUGUUAGUCGUUUAUUUGUACUAGAGUUAUCUCCAUGUUGUAUUUGCUUCAUUUGGUUUGCAGAUCUGCCAUUGCCACACAACAUUCUAUUGUUCGGGAUUUCUUUCCUAAACAGUCAAAUCCCAACAAGAGAACUGAAAUUAUACCUCUCAUUUGCACACUUUAGAGGAAGGCCAUUUUGGAUUGAACUAAUGUAUGCUGUUGAUCAGUUUGCUAGGAGCUUGUGGAUUUGGUACAUCUGAUCCUAGUGCAUUAAUACACAUCAAGGACUGUUCUGGUCACAUGAUGGCUGGCUCCAUAACGUGCAAUUGUCAGGUAUACUUUAAGGCUAGUCUGUUACACUUUGCAAUCUGUUUGCUUAACAGUUCAUACCUAACCAUUAACUUUUGCAGUUUUAGUUCAUUAUGAUGCUUUUUCAUUUGUUAUGAUACUCUAAAUGAUUUAGUAUAAAUCAAUAUUUGAGCCAAUGUACAAUUUCCAUAGUUACAGGAAUGCACAAUUUCUUUUCCAUUUUCCUCCAUCAAGGCACUUUUUCCUCCUUAAUUUAAACUGAUUAAACAUGUUUUUUUUUCUUUAUGGUAAGUAGUGUGUAAAUUGUUAUUACCUUGCUGGAUGCUAUUGUUCAUAAAUGUUUUAUAGUAAGAUGUCAAUGAAGAUGCGUUUGGACGAAUUCUCAGGUCGAUUAUAUGUAGGUGCGGCAUAAAGGGUGCCUGCAAGUGACACUCCAGGGGUCUUCAUAAGCUGGGCUUUGAUGGCUCUUCUCAAUUCCAUUUAUACAUUUUAGUAUUUAAAUCUCCAGCUUUUGGUCAUAAACAUAUUCAUAGGCAAUGAUGCCUUACUUUUGAUAACGUGUUAUGGCGCUCUAAAAGUAAACGUACAUUUUUAUUUUAUUUUUUUCAUGACAAUUUCUUCUUAACGGCUUAUGCGAAUUCACUGGAAAAAAGGUAUUUCCGAUUACUGUCUGGGUGGUUGUUGGUGUUGGAAAUUCUUUGGGAGAUGUGUCAAACCAUGAAAAGUUAAAGUACCAAUCAAUCCACUCCCUAACUGUUAUUUUUCAAACACAACCUUUAAAAUGACCGUUAGGAGCUGAUUGGUGGGGACUUUAUAUAUUUUUCCACUUGAUCUCUCUCCAAGCUUUGGCGCAUCUACCCCUCUGAGCAGUAUAAUGCUUGCUGAUUGUUUUGUUCUAGGGAAAUGCUUGCGGAGUUUCCUUAACAUUCCUGUUCCUUGUUAAUCCAAGGAGCACACUUGGACCGAGCAAGUGUUUUAUUUAAAAAUAGUUGUGAAAUGGCUUGCCUCUGUUUGAUGGGUUCAUUGAUGCCCUUUUGACCUCAAAUAAGCGGAACUUAUAAAUAGUAUAUGUAAUACUAAGUCAGUUGAAUUGUUUGAGUGAGGGACUGAGGACCUUGAUAGAUGGCAGCAAUAAAAUAAAAAUAAAAAAGUUUUGAUUAAAUUAACAAAAAUAUAAAGGAAUCUAACUAUAUUUCUAAUACUUUAAAAGCAAAUGUUUAUAUACUCUGCAGAUGUUGGUAUCUGUCAAAUCGACAUACUUUGUUGUGUAUACAUAUGUGCACAACUUAGAUAAUAGUUUCUGUUACAUGGUAUUAGAAUGCUUCCAAUUUUUAGUACAAUAUCUUACUGUGUUUUAGAUUUUGGGAUUUUUUCAACAUAUGCUAGUGUUUAAUAACAGACUGUAUUUCUCAAUUUCUAUGGAAAAAAUAAAAGCAUAUUUACAGUACUUUUGCUUCAGAUUAUUCAAGUGCACAACAUAAAAUGUUGUAUAUUUAGGUAUUUCUAGUGAGAAGCCAGAAUAAUUUUUGCUUAUUUUUUUUUUAAGUUUCUUAAGUCUUAGGUCAGCAAUAUUUUCAUACUUUCUUCAGACAUUUUUAGGAAACAGCAGGGCGAGAGAUUGGUGACAGAGGAGAAAUUUGAACUCAUACUGGUUCGUCAUUCUAAAUUCUUUUUUGAAUACUGGAAAAUUAUAAUAAUAUAAUCUGUAUAACAGAAUAUAUUUUGCCUGUAGCAAUCUCAACAUAUGUUGUAUAGAUGUUACAGUAUACAGUUUCAGGUAUGCAAAAAUAUAGAAACCUAUUAAUUCAAUUUAUAUUGAGGGACUUUCCAGCAAAAUGAGAUUUCUGAAGUAUUGGAAAAAUAAAUAGGGUAUGGAUAAUCAGCAUGAGUCUUCUUAGGUUGUAUUUUGUUGUAGAGAUUUUGUUGCAGGGAAAAGGGGAGUAGUGUCUGUGUAUGGACCUUUAGUGGGAUUUUGAAUAUCAUUUUUAUUUUACAUUAAUUGAUACAGAUGUGUACUCAUACACCUAUCCAGUUUUGUGUAAUAUGGCACAAGACGCUUGCAGCGAUUCCCAAGCUGUGCAUUAUUUCCUCAGUUUUGCUACUUUUUCCUCAUUUUUGUGCCUCUAUUUGCAUAUAGUGUACUAGGUACUUAGGAUAAUGUUUUUUGUCUUAAAGUAAUUAGUAUUCGGUUGCAGAUAAAGCAUAACAGUGAAUGGCCCCGGUCAGGAUCAGUCUUUUCCCUUGUUAAAAGCAGACUGCUUAAUUUUUCCUCAAUUGUGCGUCUUUGUUGCUUAUAGUAUAUUAGGUACUUAGGUUUAGUAUUUUCAUAGCUAAAGUCAAAGAUUAAGCAUAACGAUGCAUGGUGCGGAUCACUCGUGUCCAACCUGUUUUUUGGGUUUUUUUGCCUUUUCCUUAGUUUGUGUACUUUGUCCUUACUUUUGCAUCUAAGGUCACUUCUAGUGUACUAGAUAUUUAGGAUUAGUGCUUUUGCAUGGCUAAGUCACAAAGUUCGUGGCGCGCUAAACGGUGUCCUGUUGCGAUUUGAUGAUAGGUGGAUGUGGCCACAUUUGUACAUUUUAUUUCUAAUUAAAAACACACAGUUUAACAUCAAAUCAGAAAAUAACCUGUAGAAGCUGAUCUUUAUAUGCCAGAGUGUGUUUCCGUUAAUGACUGUUAAACAUUCCAUCAAGGAACACUGUGAGAAUGACUCGCAUGACACUAGUGAUCUCACUGCUGUACUACACAUAUUUACAGAAUUGGCAUCACUACUUUGUAAGUAUAUAGUUACAUUAUGUUUAACCCCAUAAGGACCAAUUUUUUUUUUUAACUAAACAUGGGGGCAGUUUAAUUGAAUUCCGUUCUCUUCAUCUUUAUGGAUCAGUAAGAAACAUUUUAUGUAGACUUUAAUUUUAACCAAGUUCGCAUAGCUGUUUUCUUUAUUUACAGCAAUAGGAGACCUUAGCAGAAUAGAAAUAUUUGACUUGUACUACUCCCUACGCAAUUUUUUUAUUAAACCUAUCCCUAAUUUAGUUGGAGCCGCAGGUUCUGGUCUAUGUAGCCACAUUCUCAGGAUUACUUAUUUUCUGUAAUACAGAAUAUCCAAAUUCCAUACACCACUUUAAUAUAGCAGCAGAAGGGAGAUGAGAGUGGGAGAACCAAUCACAAGCCGCAUACUCUUAUUUGGUAGCUAAAACUACUUUCUGCAAAUGCUUUUUAUGGCUUCUAAAUGCUGCAUAUUUUGUACUGUUGCCUGUUACAAUACCAGUUAGUGAGUUACCUGAAUGUUUACACAAAAAACAUAAAAACAGACUCUUGUUUUAUUUGACCUAUGUGAAUAAAUGUGAAAAUUAUAUUCAAGAUUUCAAGCAAGCUCUCAAAAAAGUAUUUUUUUUUUCAUUUACUGGGGAAUAUUUAUCAUACCUACUCAAAAGCAGAAAUAGAGGCGUUGCCCUUAGCAAGCAACCAGUCAGAUUCUAGAUAUCAUUUAUCUUGUAUAUUCUAGAAAAUAACUUAAAUCUGAUUGGUUGCUAUUGCUCCUUUUUAAAGGUUUGAUAAAUCACUUUAAUCACAUGUCAAAUUGAUUGUGAGAGUGUCAGUUUUAUGUUUUUAGUUUUUUUUUGUGUAUUUGGCUUUAUUUUAUCAUUUAGUUGUAGAAUGGCCUUUGGUGCAAACUAGUUUCAAAGAUUUUUAAAGUAAUACUAAACCUGAUUUGCAUAGGUUUCUUAAAUGGCCUAUAAUUUUGUGUUUAUGCAGGCCUUAUUUGCAAAAGUGUAUUACAUUGUUUUGAUUAAAUAUUGGUAAAAUAAGUGGGAGUUAAUUAACAUGAGCCUAUAUACCAAUAUAUUUUUAAAUAGUAAAAAAGAAAACCUCGGUACACUUUCUCUUCUCUGUAUGCAAGUAAAAAUAUGUAUCUUCUGUCUCCAUUUUUUUCACAUAUUGAAAAGUGAUAUAUUUUUGUUAUUCUGGUAAUUCACAAGCUAUAUGUAUAAAUUAUGGACAUUAAUUGCUGCCCUAGGCUAUUAUUUUAUAUGGUUUGGUGGAGUUUUAUUAUUUAAAUGCCCAAAUGUCUAACUUAGUGGUUCUCAAGCUUUCUGUGAUGGCCCCCUAGAGUAUCAUAUUUUUUGUUCAUUGCACCACUAGGCCUAAACUUUCUUUCAAGACAUUCAGAAGAAAAUAUUAAUUUAAACUGGGCUUAGCUGUCACAAUUAGGUCCUGUUAUGUGGUACUGGAACACCAAACGGUGGUACCCCAUGGUGCCAUGUCACUCAGUUUGGGAACAACUGGUCUAACCCUUUGAGGACUCAAAACUAAUGAUCCUUACCGAGACUAUUAGUUUUAGAGUAUGUCCUAUACUUAACUAAAAGAACAAACUGUUACAAAAUAUUACUGGUGCAUUAUUGAAUUUUCAUAGUGUAGUUUGAGCGUUUACAGGUUUAAGACAUUGGUUUUGUGCUCCAGUGUUCUUAGAGCCCUGUUGAAAAUGAUGAUGAAAAUGCCUAUUUAAAUUCUUGUACUUUAAACAUGCAUUUGAAAGAGAGGACAAAGUAUGUUCUGAAAUCCAGCUUGUACGUUCAUGAACCACUAAACCCUCUUUAUGGCCAUUACGUUGAGUGUCCCUAACGUUCCACUGCAGGUUUGUUAAGUGGUUGUAUCUUACCACUCCAUUUUAGACUGCUGCAAUUCCUCCAAGUCUCCUUUUGGAAUUUGUGACUGACCAAAAACAGUGACUGAGUUGUUGUGACAUUACAGACCCUGCACCAAUCCAAAUGAUAUCAUUUGUCAAAGCAAGUUUGUCAGUCGGUCAAUGCCUGUCUGUUUAGUUGCUAACGUGACAACUGCUGCUGAGUAGUGACUGAGAUUAGUAGGUGUCUUUAAUACAAAGUAAACACUCCAGCUAUUUUCUUAUUUAUUAUUCAGCUCAAAAAUCAGUGUCUGGUUGUAUAGUCAUUUUAAAUUCUGGCUUUAUUUGCUCUUUUAAUAAGAGCUGCUAUAAAUCUCUGUUCUAUUGUACCGGGCAUGUAGCGCUUGUCAACGCUGCAGGAAUUUUUAGGACUCUACAUAUUAAAAUACAUUUAGAGGGCUUUAAGAAUGUGUGUUGCAUGACAGAUUUGAACACCCAUGAGUGUACAAACCUUUAAAGGUCCAAAUCAGUGUAGAUUUUCAUGGAAUAUUAUCAGCAAGUAUACAAACAUAUAAAGUAUGAGUAUCCCUGAUCUGAACACCGGCUGAGAUAGUGACACCUAUGUUUUCUGAUGGUUAAAUGUUGACAAACUUUGUUUCAUGCACACAUUUAAAAAAAUAUAUUGUAUACAGUUACCGUCAGGCUGUGUAUAAUGUGCAUAUGAAAUAUAUAUGCAAUGGGUAAAAUCUCCAAGAUUAUUAUUAUUAUUAUGUAAAUGCACAUUUUCUAAAAUCUGAAAAAAAUCCAAAAUGGUACCAGAAGAUCAAGCAUUUUGUAUGUGGGAUAUAUAACUGCACUACUAAUGUGUAUACAGAAUCCGCACACUACAGAGUGAACUAUCAUCUUAGGUAUUACCUCUCCAGUCAGAGUGGUAUUUUUUCACUCUUUAAAUUUUUCACAUUUUGCUUAGGUAUAGAAAUAUAUUUUUCUUAUACAUAUUGAAAUUAACAUUUUCUUAAACAUAUUUUUAAUUUGGACUGAAUUGAUUGUUCCAAAAGCAACAAACAUGAAUGCUCACACAAAUAAUUCAUAACAGGAUCUGUGUAUCUGAAUUUGUAUCUCUAUGGGUUAACUGGUUGUCUGCUACUUACCAAAUUAACAGAAGUGACACUGCCAGUGUUCAAUAACUCUCAUCAGUGAUCCAAUCUGUCUCCCAUGUUGGAACAGCUUUUAUUUUAGUUUUUAGUUUGUGUUUUAUUAUGGUGCAAAAAAAAAGAGUUGACAUAAAACACACCACAGAUCACCAUUGGACUGUUGGUUGCCUAAACAAAUAAAAAUACACUCUCAAAAAUGUGGGCUUCACACACGAGUCACUGGUAUGUUUGUAAUGUACAAUGUGGAUCUUGAAGAAGGGGACACUAAUAUCAGUGUAUUCAAUAUAUGAAUUCAACCCAUUUAAAGAAUUUUUAUACUUGGUAUUAGGGCACGUGCCAUUCUGACUUUUAGUGGAUUACUCUGGUAAUAUAUUUUCUUUUAUGUAGCUAUGUACCGUAUUUGCCGGCGUAUAAGACGACUGGGCGUAUAAGACGACCCCCAACAUUUCCACUCAAAAUAUAGAGUUUGUUAUAUACUCACCGUAUAAGACUACCCCCUCUUCCGCAUACCUUCCACACACCAAAUAAAACGUAAAAGAACAUCAGAUUGUAAAAUGUAUAAAAGUAUACCCCUGUGUGCAUUUAUUGUUACCGGUUUCACAUGAGUGCCAUUAGUAUUAGUGCCAUUACAGUACCUGUCAUUGUCACCAUUGUAUGGCCACAACGCGACUGCAGCGCCUCCGGCCAGUCCCUGCAUCUCCCUGUAAUUGGCACUAGUGCGCAAGUCCGCAUGUGCGAGCUCUGCGUAAACAAGGGGCGGGCCACGCUGAUGACCCGCCGCGGCCGCACUGGAUACCGCGCGAUACUGGAUGGUAUGUAGAAUGAGGUGGGCGGGCAUCGGGAGGCCACUAUGGGCACCGGGCGAGUAUCGGAAGGCCACUAUGGCAGCUAUGUGUAUCCCAACUGAAGUGCACCCGGCGUAUAAGACGACCCCCCCCCCACUUGGAGGCAUGUUUUUCAGGGCAAAAAAGUCGUCUUAUACGCCGGCAAAUACGGUAUGUGGGCAAGUGAAUGAAUCAAAAGAUAUUAGACCAGACAGUGUUGAUCAUUCAACAUCUUUAACAGUGUAUAUCAUGUAUAAUGUACCGUUAUGGCUAAUCACUAACCGUGCUCAAAUAUGCUAAUCUGCCGUAAAACCAAUCAAUUAGACAUUUGCUUUUAUUUUUAACCUUUAUUAAAUAGAUGGAUGCUAAUUGGUUGCUAUCACUUUGGUGCAGUUUAGCAACUUCCAUCAAAAUAACUUUCUCUGUCAAUAUAAUAUUUCAAAGCUUGGGUUGUUGGGACCAGAGUUCAGAGUAGUGAACUUUAGUUUUUGCCCUUCUUUUUUACUUGAUUAAAGCAUCAUCCAUUGAUAUACAAAAAAAUCUUGUUUUACCUUGUAGACCAUGUUUUUUGUUUUUUUUUGUUUUUUAUUUAAGUACAAAACUAACAAAGUAACUGAAAUGAAUCAUAAUGCACAUAUACUGUACCUGCCAAUAUUGUGGUUAAGUAAAACUGUAUUUGUUUUUAGGAUGUAAUGCUCAUUUGUAGUUCGGUCAUACAACAGAAUACAUUUAUGUUGUGUUAACACUUAAUAUGAAGUUGCUUAUGCUGCACAUUUGAAAUAUAUUUUUAAUGUGACUGUCUGAACGCAAUUUUUCAGUGUUAUAUUAAAUAAAAAAAGAAAAUCAACUUGUCUUUCUAACUCUA